AUGUGCUCAGCUGAUGACACCUGCGUCUACUUCAGCUUCUCUGACUCUGCCGGGAGCUGCAAGCUGAAUGAUGAUUGCGACAUCAAUGAUUACAUGAAUGAUUACAACGUCUACAUGAUUGAUGCGACCCCGUCGCCGACGUCUGCUCCCACCCCUGCGCCGCCGCCCACGUCCUCACCCACCCCAGCGCCCACUCCACCAGUCGUCUAUGGAAAGUUGUACGAGGGCGGCAUGUGUAAGGGUGGGUACUGGGUAGACGACCCAGUGAGUGUUGACCAGUGCGCCAUACUUUGCUCUAUGGCUGGCGACCGGACCUACUUCAGCCACGAUGGAUCGUCGUGCAAGCUGACUGAAGACUGCGACGUCAACUACUUCUAUUGA